CCCGACGGCACACCCGACGCCAAACCCGACGCGUAGUCCUACGGCACACCCGACGCCAAACCCGACGCACAGUCCGACGGCACACCCGACGCCAAGCCCGACGCCGUUUCCGACGCCAAGCCCCACGGCAAGCCCAACGCCGUCUCCGACAGAGUAUCCAACGCCAACCCGACGCCAAGCCCGACACCGUUGCCACCCGGCGUCACGUUUUCUCCGACCCCGAGUCCGACGCCAAGCCCGACGCCAAGCCCCACGCCAAGCCCGACGCUAUCCGAAACUCAGAAAACUUGCGGCUGCUCGAACCCACCCUGUGGUUGCAAUUGUUGGGAUUGCACAGCAGCGCGCAAAGCUGCUGGAUGCUGCAGCUGCGACGAUGGCUGUGGCUAUUUCGAUCUCGCAAAUUCUACAUGUGACGGCUGCAUUGGUUGCUGGCACGGCGGAUUGUGUGGUUGCAGUACAGAUUCCUCAACUUGGCUCUACUAUCGGGCAUUCGGUCUCUCGUGCUCCAAUGAAACGGGCAGCUACCUAUCCAAUCACGCAAAGAUUGCUGGCGAGUACUCCGCGGAGGAAUCUCUUCCAGACGGCGUGA